AUGAAGUUUUCCUCAGUUACCGCUAUUGCUCUAGCUACUGUUGCCACUGUUGCCAUAGCUAAGAAGGGUGAACAUGAUUUUACUACUACCCUGACUUUGUCCCAGGAUGGUACUUUGCUCACCACCACUUCUACUCAUACUACUCAUAAGUAUGGUAAGUUCAACAAGACUUCCAAGACUAAGACUCACCGUACUGGUACUCACAAGUAUGGUAAGUUCAACAAGACUUCCAAGACUAAGACUCACCGUACUGGUACUCACAAGUACGGUAAGUUCAACAAGACUUCCAAGACUAAGACUCACCGYACUGGUACUCACAAGUACGGUAAGUUCAACAAGACUUCCAAGACUAAAACCCACCGCACUGGUACUCACAAGUACGGUAAGUUCAACAAGACUUCAAAGUCCAAGACUCCUAACCACACUGGUACCCACAAGUAUGGUAAGUUUAACAAGACCAAACAUCACCACACCACUUAUGGCGUGAACGAUAAGGCUGCCGUGAAUAACGCUGCCGCUGGUCCAUCCAACUUCAACUCCAUGAAGUUAUUCGGUGUUACCGCUGGUAGCGCUGCCAUUGCCGGCGCCUUAUUAUUGUUAUAA